AUGGUAUGUAUUACUGAUGCAAGAAUUCCAAACGCAACAGAAAUAAAGGAAAUACUUGAUGCUCAUAAUAACUAUAGAGCAAAUGUCAAUCCUCCAUCAGAUUCCAUGUUCAAAUUGAUUUGGAAUAGUGAGGGAGCUGUGAGAGCGGAAGAGAUGGCCAAGAAAUGUGUGUUCGCUCAUGACCUCGCUACAGAUAGAUCAACCUCUAAAUAUCCAGUAGGAGGCCAAAAUGUCCAUCUAACGAUAAGAACUAUACAAUAUUGGAGUGCUGUUGUUAAAUCAUGGUAUGAUGAAAUAAGUAAAUUUACCUAUGGAGUAAAUGGUGGAUCAGCAAAUUUUAAACAAGUUGGUCACUUUACACAAGUAGUGUGGGGCACUACAAAAGAAGUUGGAUGUGGAAUGAGUGAGUGCCCUCAAGGAAAAAUGUUUACUUGUAAUUAUUAUCCUAGUGGCAAUUCGGGUCCUUAUCAAGAACCCUAUCAUAAAUCAAAUAUUCAAUCAUGCAAUGGUUGCAAAAAGGGAAUGGUGUGUGCAAAAGAUGCAUAUGCUGGAAAAUUAUUAGAAGCUUGCGGUAUGCAACAGGGUGACACCCUGGGUUCCAAAAUAUUUUGUCUUGGAAUCCAUGAUUUGAUAACUAAAAUAAAAAAUGACUGCUCGAUGCCACUACAUUUAUGGUACAUUGAUGAUUGGGUUAUCUCCGGCGAUUCUGAGGAUAGGGUCUUUGAAAAUGGUUGGAUAGAUUUAUCUACCCAAGAAGAUGAUUGA